AAUAACAGAACAACCAGUAGUACUAGUGCAAACUAAACCAUGGAAUCUGGAGAAGAAGGGGUCCAUGAACCCAUCUUGAUCGAAGGUCGUCAUGGAAUUGACUAUAGACUUGAGAGGGUGUUAUCUGACGCGCAGUUGCCAUAUUUCAAGCGUCUGCAGUUGGCCUCAUGGCUGGAACUAAAGCUACUCUUCCCGCUGGCUGCACCAGCUGUCUUGGUUUACUUGAUCAACAACUUCAUGUCCCUUUCUACCCGCCUCUUCUGCGGUCAUCUUGGGAAUCUUCAGCUUGCUGCUGCUUCUCUCGGCAACAGCGGAGUUCAACUCUUAGCCUAUGGCCUCAUGCUAGGCAUGGGAAGCGCAGUGGAGACUCUAUGUGGGCAAGCCUAUGGUGCUCAGAGGUAUGAAAUGCUAGGCAUAUAUCUCCAAAGAGCAACAAUCGUCCUUCUUCUAACCGGACUCCCACUGAUGAUGAUUUACAUAUUCUGUAAACCCAUCUUGAUCAUACUUGGUGAAACAGAGGAGUUGGCAUCUGCAGCUGCAGUGUUUGUUUGGGGUCUGAUCCCACAAAUCUUUGCGUAUGCUGUCAACUUUCCCAUACAAAAGUUCCUGCAAGCACAAAGAAUUGUGGCUCCAAGUUCAUGCAUAUCAGCUGCAACUCUUGGGGUGCACUUGUUGUUGAGCUGGGUGGCUGUGUACAAGUUGGGAUUGGGAUUGAUAGGUGCAUCACUUGUUUUGAGUUUAUCUUGGUGGAUAAUAGUUGGGGCGCAAUUUGGAUACAUCCUGAUUAGCGGUGAGUGUAAGCACACGUGGACUGGGUUUAACGUGAUGGCAUUUUCUGGGCUUUGGGAAUUUUUCAAACUCUCAACUGGAUCGGCUGUGAUGUUAUGCUUGGAGACAUGGUACUUUCAAAUACUAGUUUUGAUUGCUGGCCUGCUCGACAAUCCUCAACUUGCAUUGGACUCUCUUGCCGUUUGCAUGUCAGUGAUGGGGUUGUUGUUCAUGGUUUCAGUUGGGUUCAAUGCUGCAGCAAGUGUGAGGGUGAGCAACGAGCUGGGUGCUGGGAACCCAAAGUCAGCAGCAUUUUCAGUAGUAAUGGUGAACUUGGUUUCUUUCAUAAUUGCCGUGAUAGAAGCUGUGGUGGUACUUGCUCUACGCCAUGUCAUCAGCUACGCCUUCACAAGUGGUGAGACAGUGGCCAAUGCAGUUUCACAACUCUGCCCUUACUUGGCUUUUACUCUUAUUUAAAUAAAAUAUUAAAAGUUAACAAAAAUACCUCCUAUUGACAAAGGGGUGGCGGUGGGAUGUGGAUGGCAAGCUUUUGUGGCAUAUGUAAAUGUAGGAUGUUAUUACGUUGUUGGGAUUCCAUUGGGGUGUAUUCUUGGCUUCAAGUUCGACCUUGGUGUAAAGGGAAUAUGGUCUGGGAUGAUCGGAGGAACAGCAAUGCAAACCAUCAUUUUGCUGUGGGUAACAUUUCGCACGGACUGGAACAAAGAGGUGGAGAAAGCAAUGACGCGGUUGGAUAAAUGGGAGGACAAAAAGGAGCCUCUUUUGAGAAGCUGAACUGUAGCUGAAGCAACGGCAAUUCUGGGGAAAGUAGUUUAAUUGAAAAUGGUCAAGCCAAAAAGGCCAAGACCUUUGGCCACCGACUUUCCUGCCAUUAGCAAUUAAUUAAACUAUUGAUGCCAAUUAUGCUGUCCAUUUUAAAGCAUCGAGUUGAUGCUACCUUACAAUUAUUUUAAUUUGCACAACUACCAAAUUUAUUUGGUAGAUACAUAAUAUUCA